AUGAUCGUGCGGUUCCUGACGAAGCGGUUCAUCGGGGACUACGAGCCCAACACAGGCAACCUCUACUCCAGGCUGGUCCAUCUGGAGGGCGACCACGUUGCCGUGCAGAUCCAAGACACGCCGGGGUGCAUCCAGGUGCAGGAAGACUGCAUGCAGGUGCUGGACUCCCUGUCCAGGUGUGUGAAGUGGGCAGAAGGCUUCCUCCUGGUCUACUCCAUCACAGACUACAGCAGCUACCAGUCAGUCCGACCUCUCUACCAGCACAUACGCAAGGUCCACCCAGAUGCCAGGACUCCGGUCAUUAUCGUGGGGAACAAAGCCGACCUCCUCCAUGCCAGGCAAGUCCAGGCGAAAGAGGGACUACAGCUGGCAAAUGAAUUGGGCAGCCUGUUCUUGGAAAUCUCCACAAGUGAUGAAUCCCAAGGUGUCUGCGAUGUUUUCCAGUAUCUUUGCAAGGAGAUCAGCAAACUACAGCACGCUGGCAGCACAGACAGGAGGCGGUCGUCCAUCAUCCCUCGGCCCAAAUCUCCCAACAUGCAAGAUCUAAAGAGACGUUUCAAACAGGCUUUAUCUUCCAAAGUCAAAUAA